AUGAUCGAUGGUCCAGGAGGUCAGGAAUAUGGAAAUUGGAGUCGGUGGUCAGCACCGUCAGAAUGUUCUAGAACUUGCGGCGGAGGGAUAUCGCAUCAAACGAGACGUUGUUUGGAAAUAAGUCCAGAUGGUCGACCAUACUGCCCCGGAGGUACUAAAAGAUAUUUUUCCUGUAACGUUCAGGAUUGUCCCGAUUAUUCAGAUUUCAGGUCUGAUCAAUGUGCGGAAUAUAACAGAGUACCUUUCGAAGAUACCUAUUACAAUUGGAUCCCCUACACGAAAGCUCCUAAUCUGUGCGAAUUAAAUUGCAUGCCAGUCGGAGAAAGAUUUUAUUACCGACAUAAUAAAAAAGUUAAAGAUGGUACGCCGUGCGACGAUGAGAAACUCGAUGUCUGCGUUGAUGGACGAUGUCUGCCCGUGGGAUGUGAUAAACUAUUGGGUUCUUCAGCAAGAGAAGAUAAAUGUAGAGAAUGCGGAGGAGAUGGUAGCAGUUGUAACACGGUAGAAGGAGUUUUAGAUAAUAACGAACUACAAGUCGGAUACAACGAUAUUUUGCUGAUACCUGCCGGAGCGACAAACAUUAAAGUGAAAGAAAUACAACCGACGAACAACUACUUAGCUGUACGGAACGUUACGGGUCAUUAUUAUUUAAAUGGCAACUGGAGAAUUGAUUUUCCGAGAAAAUUAAGAUUUGCCGGUACUAUUUUUCAUUACGAAAGAAAACCUCACGUUUUUUACGCUCCCGAAUCUUUGAUGGCUUUAGGACCUACUACCGAACCUAUUUACAUAUCAUUGUUGUAUCAAGAACCGAAUCCUGGAGUCAUGUACGAGUAUAGCAUUCCCAAAGGAAUUUCUCCGCAUUCGUUGACUGACAAUUACACGUGGGUGGAAAGUGAUUUUGGACCCUGCAGCAUGACUUGCGGAGGAGGUCAACAACAAAGAAGCGUCAUGUGCGUGAGACGUCGAGAUAUGGUUCAAGUACCGGAAAAUUUGUGCAAUGCCAAUUACAUGCCAUCAUCCAUUCAAUCCUGUUCUCCAGAACCCUGUCCGCCAUCGUGGAAUGCGGGUCCAUGGUCUCAAUGCAGCGAAUCCUGCGAGAAAGGAAUUCAAGAACGUCAGGUUUACUGCAUGCAAAUAAUUGCAAAUGGAUUACCGUCGGUAGCCGAUGAAGCGGAAUGUGAAAAAACCGGUGAAAAACCUCCGAACAAACAAGAGUGUAACGUCGAUACCAUGUGUCCAACUUGGCACGUAGGACCCUGGAAAAGUUGUAAUAAACUUUGUGGCGAUGGUAAAGAAACCCGAGAUGUUAUAUGUUAUAGAAGAGUUGAUGGUAAAAUUGAAGUAUUGGAAGAUUCUGCUUGUACGGAAGAAAAACCAGAUUCGGAAAAACCGUGCAUGUUGAGGCCGUGCGAAGGAGUUGAUUGGAUAACGUCGGAAUGGUCGGGAUGUCACGAAAAAUGUGGUCUCACACAAGAAACAAGAACCGCUCGUUGCGUCACACAAACCGGCGUAGUUUAUGCCGAUUCUUUCUGUCACAAAUAUAGAAAACCCGAACUGGUAAGAAAAUGCGAAACGUUUAAAAAAUGCGAACAUGAAUGGUACGCUGCUCAGUGGAGCGAAUGUUCUUCGAAAUGCGGAGCUGGAGUUCAAACGAGAAAAGUUUUUUGCGGGGAAAUCAACGACGAAGGUCUAAUUAAAAAGGUCGAAGAUGAUAAGUGCAAUCCAGAGGAAAAAUACGAAUCGGAAAAAGAUUGCGUCGGUGAGGAGGUAUGCAAAGGAGAUUGGUUUGCAGGUCCUUGGAGUGCUUGUUCGAAAGAUUGCGGAGGAGGUCAAAAAUCAAGAAAGGUUUUGUGUUUGCAAGAUAACAACACUGUUUCGAUAGUCAACUGCGAUGGAAAUUCGAUUCCUUUUUCGAGUGAAAGUUGUAACAAUCAUCCUUGCGGAGAAGAUGAAAUAUACACGGUGGAACCAACUCAUGAUUUAAGCGAAGACGAUGAACAAGAUUGCGAAUACGAUGAAGAUGAUUACGAUAAUUUCACUUCAUCUUUAUUGACUUCUGACUUUCCAAGUUCCUCAGACCCUUUUACUUCGAGCUACAGCACUUCGGAUGUUUCCACCGAAUCGAGUUUAUCGUCAGAAUCAAGUUCCGCAUCAUCUUUGAGUAGUAGUUCCGGUACAGAUUCAUCUCUGUCAAGCAUGAGUAGCAUUAGCAGUACGAGUGAUGGUAUGAGCAGUUUAAGUACUGAUAUGAGUAGUAUUAGUAGUAGCGUUGGUGAUGGUAGCACUAGUUUAAGCACUGAGGGUGAUGGUAUUAGUAGUACUAGCGAAAGUAGCACCGAAUCUACAGAGGAAUCAAGUACGCUGGAAACUUCUAGUAGUUUAAGCACUGACAUGUCCUCAUCUGAGUCUACUUCCGAUGGCACUACGGAUAGUACAGAGAGUAGUGAAUAUACGGAAUCAAGUUCUUCAUCAGAAGCAACUGAGAGUACAUGGUUAUCCACCUUGUUCUCUGAUCUUUUGGGAUCAUCGCUAUUUACGGAAUCUACAGAUUCUACAGAAUCCUCUUCAUCAGUAUCAACAGAAAGCACAGAAUCUACUGAAUCGUCUUCAUCAGUUUCAACAGAAAGUACAGAAUCUACAGAAUCAUCAUCCUCUGUUAGCACGGAGAGCACAGAAUCAACAGAAUCAUCGUCUUCUGUUAGCACGGAAAGCACAGAAUCAACGGAGUCAUCCUCUUCCGUAAGCACAGAAAGUACAGAAUCCACAGAAUCUACAGAAUCUACUGAAUCUUCUUCAUCAGUAUCAACAGAAAGUACGGAAUCUACAGAAUCAUCAUCUUCCGUAAGCACGGAAAGCACAGAAUCAACGGAAUCAUCAUCUUCUGUUAGUACAGAAAGUACAGAAUCAACUGAAUCCACUGAAUCUUCUUCAUCAGUUUCAACGGAAAGUACAGAAUCGACAGAAUCAUCAUCUUCCGUUAGCACGGAAAGCACAGAAUCUACAGAAUCAUCAUCCUCCGUUAGCACGGAAAGCACAGAAUCUACAGAAUCAUCAUCCUCCGUUAGCACGGAAAGCACAGAAUCUACAGAAUCAUCAUCCUCCGUAAGCACGGAAAGCACAGAAUCUACGGAAUCGUCUUCUUCAAUGUCAACCGACAAUACAGAAUCAACAGAAAGCACGGCAACCACCGAAUCAUUAUUUACAAGCGAUGAAACCGAAUCAUCUGAUUAUUCAACAACAGUUUCUGACAGUUCGAGUGGUUCGACUCUUAGAGGCAUUGGUGAAGUAGACAUAGAUGAUGAUUCUACAAGUACAGAAUUUACUGAAAGUUCAGACACAACUUUAACAGGAUCAAGCGAAAGCACUGAAUCUACCGGCAGUACGGAUACAACGGAAUCGGAAUUAACAGAAAGUACCGAGUCCACAGAAUCUACAGAGAGCACCUCUAGUGGAAGUACUGAAAGCAGUGGCACCUCAGAUACCACUGUUCAAAGCUCAACAGAGUUUACGGAUAGUAGCAUUUCUACUAGUUCAACUUACAGCACAGAUUUCAGCGAAUCUAGUUCAUCUGAAAAACAGAAACUGAAAAAAUGCAAACCGAAGAAAAAGCCAAAAUGUAGAAAAUCUGAAUUUGGAUGUUGUCCCGACAAUAAAACUCCUGCGAUGGGUCCAUUUAGCAAAGGUUGCCCGCAACCUCAGACUUGUCAAGAAUCUGAAUUUGGUUGUUGUCUCGAUGGUGUUUCACCAGCUAAAGGAAAGAACGAAAAAGGUUGUCCACCGUUUGAUUGUAAUGCCACACUUUUCGGUUGCUGCCCUGAUAAAGUUAACGUAGCGCAAGGAAACGAUUUCGAAGGGUGUCCAGAAGAAAUUUUACCAGCAGAAUGCAGCAUAUUUGGUUGUUGUCCCGAUAACAUGACAAACGCAAUGGGUCCUAAUUUCAAAGGGUGUUUUGCUUGCGAAGGAUCUGGAGAAUGCGAUUCGUGUAAUGACACCGCAUUCGGUUGUUGUCCGGAUAAUCUUCGUGCGGCAACGGGACCCAACUUCCAAGGCUGCGAAGAAGGUUCAGGAGAAGUUAUGGACUGCGCUAACAGCACUUACGGAUGUUGUCCAGAUGGUAUCAUAUCAGCAGAAGGUCCGAACUUUGAAAACUGCGGUGUGAUCGAUUCGGAAAAUUGCACUCUAUCAUACUUUGGUUGCUGUCCGGAUGGCAUUACUCCUGCUUUGGGAAGCCGAUAUGAAGGAUGUAAUACUUCUUGUUCAUCGGAACCUUACGGAUGCUGCGACGAUAAUAUCACACCAGCUCAUGGACCCAACAGAGAGGGUUGUUGCCUUAAUUCACCUUUUGGUUGCUGUCCAGACAAUAUUCUUUACGCAAGAGGACCUAAUUUCGAUGGCUGCGGCUGUCAAUACUCACCAUAUGGAUGUUGCCCGGAUAACGAAACUGCAUCUAGAGGAUACAAUAAUGAAGGGUGCGGAUGUCAAUACACUUCCUACGGCUGCUGUCCGGAUAAUUAUACACCUGCUCCCGGACCGGGCUAUCAAGGUUGUCCGUGCUAUACAUUCCAAUUCGGUUGCUGUCCUGACGGUGUAACCGUAGCUAAAGGACCACAAAGAUUAGGUUGCGGAUGCGAAAAUACAGAAUUUGGAUGUUGUUCAGAUGGUAAAACACCAGCAACCGGACCUGAAAAAGGUGGAUGUGGUUGCGAGGCAUCUCAAUUUGGUUGCUGUCCGGAUGGGGUUGAAGAAGCUUUAGGAGAAGAUUUUGACGGGUGUAAAAAGCAGCUUCAAGCACCCGGAGAGGUGUGCAAACUACCUAAAGAUCGAGGUUCAUGCCGAGAUUUUACCGUUAAAUGGUUCUACGAUAUGCAAUACGGUGGAUGUACAAGAUUUUGGUAUGGUGGAUGCGAAGGAAACGACAAUAAAUUUAAAACGCAAGAAGAAUGUAAUGCGAUUUGCGUGGCUCCAGAAGGCAAAGAAAGAUGUGCUCUUCCAAAAGUAUCCGGACCUUGUGAAAAAUAUUUUCCAAAAUGGUACUACGACAAUGAAAGAAAACAAUGCGGUCAAUUCAUUUACGGUGGUUGUUUGGGUAACAAUAAUAAUUUUGAUACAAGAGAAGAAUGUCAAGAAAUUUGCUCUCCAGAAGAAGCAGCCGAUCCGUGUUCGCAACCCGUCGAAGAGGGACCAUGCGAGGGAAGUUUUGCUCGAUGGUAUUACGACAAAGAAAGAAAAUCAUGUUUGCGGUUCCGUUACGGAGGAUGCAAAGCCAACGGAAACAAUUUUCUCACAGAAUCCGCGUGUAAAGAACAAUGUCUUCAACCUGGCAGAAGCAGAGUAUUAGCGGAGUUAUGCCUACUCCAGAAAGAUCCAGGACCUUGCCGAGGGUCGGUUUUACGAUGGUAUUAUGAUGACAAAGUUAAAGAUUGUCGUCAAUUUUUUUAUGGUGGUUGUUUAGGGAACAACAACCGAUUCAAAACUCAAGAUGAAUGCAAGAAAAAGUGUCCUAUUUUAGAUUACGAUAAAGAUCAUUGUUCUUUACCGAGAGAACCCGGAAAUUGUGGAGAAAAAAUACCAAGAUGGUACUUCGAUAAUUCUGAAAAUCGCUGCAUGCCAUUUUAUUACACUGGGUGUGAGGGUAAUGCUAAUCGAUAUGAAACUCGGGAGGAAUGCGAAACUGAUUGUCCUCCGAGAGUUUACAAAGAUUUAUGUCACUUACCCGCAUUGAUUGGAGAAUGUUACAAUUACACGGAACGUUGGUACUACGAUGCACAAGCGGGACGUUGCAGUCCAUUUUAUUACGGCGGAUGUGGCGGAAAUCAAAAUAAUUUCGAACGGCAAAUCGAUUGUCAAAAACGUUGCGAAUCGUAUAUACCGGAAGAACGUGUAGACAUUGCCACUCGAAGACCGGCAACACCCGAACCUGAACCCUUUAAAAUCGAAUAUUGCUUUUACGGUAGUGAUCCAGGAUCGUGUAGGCCAUCUGAAUUUUUACCCAUGUGGUUUUACGACAGGGCUGAUGGUGUUUGUAAACAGUUUUUGUAUGGAGGUUGCGACGGAAAUGGUAAUCGUUUUAACACGAGAGAAGAAUGCGAACAUAAUUGCGGAAAUGCUCAAGAUAUAUGUACUCUGCCUAAAACGGUAGGACCCUGUAGCGGUAACUACCCCCAGUGGUACUAUGAAAGACAAACAGAUAGUUGUUAUGAAUUUGAUUAUGGUGGCUGUCAAGGAAACGGAAAUAGAUUUAAUACAAAAUACGAUUGUGAAAUUAGAUGCAGGCAAGGAGCAAUAGAACCGCCGACUCCUCCGACAACGGCUCUAAUUCCCACGCAACCACCUCCUAGACCUCACGAUCCUACGGAUAUUUGUUACCUUAGAGUAGAUCCUGGUCCUUGUUUGGGAGAACAAUCAUUAUGGUAUUACGAUCCUUAUAGCGAAAGAUGUCAGGCAUUUAUUUAUGGAGGUUGUAUGGGUAACGCAAACAGAUUUGAAUCGGAAGAACAAUGCGAAAGACAAUGUGGACAAUUUAAAAACCAAGAUGUUUGUUACCUUUCCUACGAUACCGGUCCGUGCAAUGGUCAAUUCCAAAAAUGGUUUUACGAUGCAUCAAAUAAAAUCUGCCGUGAAUUUACAUACAGCGGAUGCGGCGGAAACAAUAAUCGAUUUAGUUCUCUUCAGGAAUGUGAAACUUUAUGCGUCCACAGAGAAGAAUCAUUACCGUUGUCGAAUGACACUAGCUUACCUAAUCAAGCUAUAUGUCGUUUGCACGUGGAUUCUGGAUCUUGUCAUAAUUUAGAUUAUAAACGAUGGUAUUACGAAGAAACAAAAAGAACUUGCAUACCAUUUUUAUAUAGCGGAUGCGGAGGGAAUUUUAACCGUUUUAAAAAUUUUGACACUUGUAUUAAGUUUUGCGUAUCCCAAUUGAGGGAUGUUGCCCCGCCACCAGAACACGAAGAUCCAAAUGAAAUAAUUGUUCAAGUACCCGAGUAUUGCAGAGAAGAACAAAGAAAAUGUAAUCAAAUGCACUGUCCAUACGGUAUAGAAAAAUUUGUGGAUUCACAAGAUUGUGAGCGAUGUCGUUGUAAUAAUCCAUGUAGAGAACAAUAUUGUCCCGACGGAACCAGAUGCGCAAUUGAAUUAUAUCAAGAUGAAACUGGAAGAGUAUCGGCGAGAGGUUUAUGUAGAGAAGAAAACAAGCCGGGUCAAUGUCCAGUUCUAGUCAACGGUGGAGGAUCUUGCACGGCUGAAUGUCAAACGGAUGCAGAUUGUCCCGGACCUCAAAAAUGUUGUACAGCUAAUUGUGCAAUAGGACCCAUGACUUCUUGCGUCGAUCCCGUACGUGUUGAAGAACCGCCUGCUGUUCCGGCUACUACAAGUCCUCCGGUGUAUCAAAGACCAUUUUAUGGAGCACAACCUCCGACAAUUAUUGCUGAUAAUUUACAUGUGAGUGCGCCGGAAGGCAGUUAUGCGACCUUAAAAUGUUCCGUUCGUGGAAUACCCACGCCGGUAGUGUCCUGGAGAAAAGAUAAUGUUUUGAUUGAUGGUUCUGGAGGAAGGCAUAAAUUUUUAACCGAUGGUUCAUUACAAAUAAUUGGCUUACAUGGUAGUGACGCAGGCGUUUACUACUGUGCAGCAAACAAUGGCGUAGGGCCUUCAGUAGAAAAAGAAUUCACUCUUGAAGUUACAGAUCCCACGCCAAGGCCCGCAGAAGUUAUUGGCGAUGAAAAUACCUAUGUAGUUGUUACACUUGGAACUCCCGUAAUUCUUCAGUGCUACGCAAUGGGUUGGCCACGACCUGGGGUUACAUGGUGGCGAGGUGACAGAAUGUUGCCACUUUCCUCGGGUCAAUACGAGCAAAGACGAGAUUUCUCUCUCCUAGUUAAAUCCAUUUCCCUGAGAAAUUUAGGUCCUUAUGUUUGCCAAGCUUAUAACGGCCUCGGGAAAGCCGCUUCCGGAACGGUUACAGUUCAAGCAACCGGUCCCGUUUAUUCAACGAAUCCUGAAGAUGCACCGUACUUUCAAUAUUUGGUGAAUGUAACACAAAAAACCGAAGCACCCUAUCUACCUUUGGCGGUGAACAUUUCAUUGGACCAAACUAAUUUCCCAAUCGGAAGCGAUAUAUCGAUACCUUGCUCCACAGACGGUUAUCCCGUACCCAGAGUAACGUGGUACAAGGACAACGAAGUGAUACAUCCAUCUAGAAAAAUUGAAAUCACAGAAAGCAAUAGAUUAAGAAUAAUUCGAGCAGAUGGAAGCGACAGUGGAACUUAUAGAUGCGUGGCACAAAAUCAAUACGAAGAAGUCAGUAAUUCAAUACAAAUAACCGUAGAAGGAGUUUACAUACAUCCCAAUUGCACGGAUAAUAUAUUUUUUGCAAAUUGUGAACUUAUCGUCAAAGCCAGACACUGUCAGCAUAAAUAUUACGCACGUUUCUGCUGUAGAUCUUGCACGAAAGCAGGACAACUUCCCUCCCACGGUCCACAUUUGGAUGACAUGAUUAAACAAACGAGUAGCAGUAACUGA